UGUAAAUGCAAAAUGGCAGCAUACCGGGCUAAAGUACUGGGUCAAGUCCAAGCCACUUUACAAUACUUUCGUGCUUUACGAAGCCGGCCCGGCUCGACUGCCACGGAGACGUAUAAUGCGCCGCUAAGAGGAUAUUUUCGGGCUUACAGCACUGAUGCUUUGCUGAAAGUAAAGGUCGGCCCCCGGCAGGUCAACUGUGUCUAUGGAAGAUGUGCUUUCUUGCUGGGAGGAGGAAUCGGCUUGUACGGCACACUUAAAUUAUCUCUACAACAGCAUUUUGCAGAGGAGGAAUUGCUCCACGCAUUGGGCGGAACACCAAGGUUAACGCUCUACCAAUACAAGACAUGCCCUCAAUCCAGCAAACUAAGGGCCUUUUUGGACUACUAUGGUCUGGAAUAUGAUACUGUGGAAGUCAACCCAGCUAUCCGACAAAAGUGGACUGGAUUCAAAAAGGUUCCCAUUCUUGUGGUUGAGGGCGAAGAUAAUCUGGAACUGCAUGAUGCCUCUGUUAUUAUGAGUGCUUUCAAGACAUGUAUGAUUGAUAAGAGUAAAACUAUACACGAGGUCAUAACCUACUAUCCUGUUUUGACGUCCAAAAAUAUAUUUGGGAUCGAAAGCUCAGAAUAUACCAACAAGCACUGGGUGAUGCUAAAUGAGAUCGCUAUUGAGCUCCACUACCCAAACAAAACUGCAAGAAGAGAUGAGGUGCGGUGGAGACAUUGGGCUGAUGACUGGCUUUUGUGCUUACUUGCCCCAAAUGUGUAUCGCAGUCCCAUGGAAGCCUUGGAAGCCUAUGAGCACAUUGUGCAUGAGGGAAAUUAUGGCGUAGUGCAGGGUUUCAUCACCAAAUAUGUGGGAGCGUUCACCAUGUUCUUCUUCUCCAAGCUGCUAAAAAUCUGGUAUAGAAUGGAGAAAGAUGUGAGGCAAGAUCUAUACAAGGCGGCUGAUGAAUGGAUGACCGCUAUUGGCAAGAAAAGAAAGUUCUUGGGCGGCGAAAGGCCGAAUCUAGCUGAUAUCUCUGUUUUUGGAGUCCUGCGUACAAUUGAAGGUCUGCGCGCAUUUGAUGAUGUCAUGAAACAUACCAGAAUGAGGAAAUGGUACCAGUCCAUGGGGAAGGUGAUUCGAGAGCAUGGCGGUCAGGACUGAUGUUUUCAUCACUAUGAACUCUCGAUCUUCUCCAUCUCAUGCUGUACUGAGAAAUAACUGUUGAUUCUGACAGGCACCAGACGCAUAGUUUUAUAUGUGAAUGGACAAACUUAAUCUUUUACAUAUCUGUAUAUCAGAGAUUGGCGGCCUCUAAGCUGCUUUCAGCAUUAAGGUGAUUAUUCUUGAAGUUAUUUAUUAACUAAAUUGAAGAUCUGUCACUAAUAUGUGAGUAUGUAUAAGGAUGGGAAUGUAACAUGACCGUAAAGACCUAUAAAUACUUUUUUUUUUA